GUCAGUGAUUGGUUAUUUGGUAUCAAACUCUUUUUGGCCUUUGCUUUCUCAACAGUAUCAAUCUAUCAGCUUUUCAUUUAUUUUUCUUUUUUUAAUUUUUCAAUAUUGAAAAAUAUCCAAUUAUCAAAAGUUCCCCAGAAUCACAGCAAAUCAUUAAAAAACAAUUCUUUUGGAUUUUCUAUAUUCCCUCCAUUCUUUCCUGUUGUGGGUUUGUCAAAGUAAUGCCAUUGAUGUUAUAGUGAGAAAAAGGAAAGUUUUGUUUUUGUUUCUGUUUUCACGCUACUGGGUAUUCAUCAGAAAUGCUUUUUUUUUUUGUUUUUGAAAACAUGCGUUGAAACGUUGGAGGAAGAAGACAGAGAGAGGGGGGUCUUAAAAAUUUAAUCUUGAUGUGGGUAGUAUUAAUGAGAGGAGAAGUUAAGCAAUGAGAGAGAGAGAGAGAAAGAGCUAUGUUGUUGUUGAGAAAGAGAGAAUGAGCAGAGAACAAGCAGGCGUUGCGAAGGCCUGGACCACAUUAAGAAUAACACAAGCAACUACAAAGAAAAGGAACAAUACAUUCUUCACUACAAUGUCUGUGGCUCAUGCUGAUGAUGAGGAUUAUGGUCCAGGUGAAAUUUAUCAUGCAGAGAGAGUUCUUGGCAAUGGUGACUUCUACACAGGCCAAUGGAUGGAUAAUCUUCCCCACGGUCAUGGUAAGUAUCUUUGGACAGAUGGUUGCACGUAUGUAGGUGAAUGGUAUAGAGGUAAAACCAUGGGAAAAGGAAAAUUUAGUUGGCCUUCUGGUGCCACAUAUGAGGGUGAAUUCAAAGGUGGGUAUAUGGGUGGUAAAGGAACUUAUACAAGUCCUUCAGGUUAUACUUAUAGAGGUUCUUGGGUUAUGAACUUGAAACAUGGACAAGGGACUAAUAGUUUUGCCAAUGGGGAUUAUUAUGAUGGAGAAUGGAAAAGAGGGUCGCAAGAUGGUCAUGGAAAGUAUCAAUGGAAGAAUGGAAAUCAUUACAUUGGUCAAUGGAAGAAUGGGAGUAUUAAUGGUAAUGGAACCAUGAUUUGGAGUAGUGGAAAUAGGUAUGAUGGUUUUUGGGAAGAUGGUUUUCCUAAAGGAAAUGGAACUUUUAAAUGGGUUGAUGGGAGUUUUUAUGUUGGUGUUUGGAGUAGGGAUCCUAACGAACAAAGUGGAACUUAUUAUCCAUCAGGUUCUCCAACUGGGAAUUUAGAUUGGGACCCUCAACAAGUAUUUUUGGUGGAUUUGAAAGAUUGUAAGAUUUGGCCAGGAGAGAAAGUUUCAAUCUUUCCAUCACAAAAGAUGACUCAAAUUCCUGGCAUUGCAGGGGAAGUUAAUAGCAAUAUUAAUCAAGUGGCUUUCAAGAAAUGGAAUGAUAUUGUCAGGCCUAGGAGGACUUCAGUUGAUGGAAGGACUAGUAAUUAUGGUAGUGAAAAUGAUGGCAGCAACCAUGCUUAUGGUGUUAGCGAUGUAGAUUUUAGGGAUGGUGAUGAGAGUUUGGAGAAUUUUAACCUUGAAGAAUCAGAUUCAAGGGGUCGGGUGAUGUUGAAAUUACAUCCUGCAAAGAAGCAGGGACAGACAAUAUCUAAAGGGCACAAGAACUAUGAGCUCAUGUUAAAUUUACAGUUGGGAAUCAGACAUUCUGUUGGGAGGCCUGCUCCAGCUACAUCUCUUGAUCUCAAGGCUUCAGCUUUUGAUCCAAAGGAAAAAGUAUGGACAAAAUUUCCAUCAGAAGGAUCGAAACACACUCCUCCCCAUCAGUCUAGUGAGUUCAAAUGGAAGGACUACUGCCCAGUCGUUUUUAGGACUCUCAGGAAAUUGUUCAAUGUGGAUGCAGCUGACUACAUGAUAUCUAUAUGUGGAAAUGAUGCCCUUCGGGAGCUUUCAUCCCCUGGGAAAAGUGGAAGCUUCUUUUACUUAACAAAUGAUGACAAAUACAUGAUAAAGACCAUGAAAAAGUCAGAAGUAAAAGUUCUCAUAAGAAUGCUGCCAGCCUACUACAAUCAUUUUCGGGCAUUUGAGAACACGCUAGUCACCAAAUUUUAUGGUCUGCAUUGUGUGAAGUUAACAGGGUCACAGAAGAAGGUACGAUUUGUCAUCAUGGGGAAUCUUUUUUGUUCUGAGUAUGCCAUCCAUAGGCGCUUCGACUUGAAAGGUUCUUCACAUGGUCGGACAACUGCUAAACCUGAAUCAUCAAUUGAUCCAACAACAACACUUAAAGAUCUUGAUCUCAAUUUUAUAUUUCGAUUACAAAAAGUCUGGUUUCAAGAGUUUUGCAGGCAAGUGGACAGGGACUGUGACUUUCUUGAACAAGAGAGAAUUAUGGAUUACAGUCUUUUGAUUGGUCUUCACUUCCGGGAAGCUAUUUCAUAUAGGGAUAUUCGCACUCCUCGCACUUCUGGAGUCCGCACUCCUAAAGGAUCUGUAGAAGAUAAUGAACCAGGAGCCCCUCGCCUUUCUAGAGUAGACAUGGAUCAGCUUCUUUUCGAUCCAACUCGUUGGGCUUCCAUAAAGCUUGGUGUAAACAUGCCGGCACGAGUUGAACAAACAGUGAGAAGUAACGGUGAAACUCAGCUGAUAGGAGAACCAACUGGUGAAUUUUACGAUGUCAUUCUCUUUUUUGGUAUAAUUGACAUACUACAAGACUAUGAUAUUAGCAAGAAGCUUGAGCAUGCUUACAAAUCAAUGCACUAUGAUCCAACUUCAAUAUCAGCAGUUGAUCCGAGGCAAUACUCAAAACGGUUUCGGGAUUUUAUUUUCAAAGCAUUUGUAGAAGACACUUGAAAAUAUAUAGGAUUGACACAAGUCAACUCGCAGCCAGUAGCGAUUCAGGUAUAGAUGUUAUUUCUUCAUAAUCCUUGUAAAGAUGAGAGUUAAGUUACCAGCAAAAGGUAAACUUUUGUCACAAAUACUAGCAGUUUCCCUCACUCAUAGUUACACUGGCAAAAUCAUGAUGUUUUAGUAAAAGGUGUAGAAAAAUGUCAGAACCAGAGCUACAAAGCCUGUUUCAAUUGUAAAAUUGAUUAUUAACAAAAUGGUGAACCUGUAGCCUCAUUGAUUCUUUUUGUACCUAAAUUUUUUUUUUCCCAGAAGGUCUGGUGACUCUGGGUUUGACAUACAUUAAAAAAAAUGUAUAGAAGGGUGAUGAUACUGCCACUGGAACUAGCCUUUAGUUUUCUUA